CUUUGAUGACUGAUACUAACAAAUAUACACAGAUCCCUAGUGUUACUUUUCAAGAACUCUGAUAUUUUUGUACAGUAAUCUCGUGACAAUAUAUAUCUAACUCACAUGCAUUGUUACAUGUUGCAGCUAGAGAUUUUUAGGUGUAAAAUAUAGUGUUUGUGUAUUAUACAAUGGAUUCGUGGUGUGUAUCAAUGAAAUCUAGUCCCCAAUUUUCUAGAGCAAGAAGUGGUUUUGUAAAUAAUGGUGAUGAUGGGUUUUGGGGGAGGAGGAUCACUGGAGGUGUUAACAACACUGAUUUGAGUGAUCUUUUAUCGAAAAGAGCGAAAAUUGGGAGAAGGGUGGGAAUGAUCAAACCAGGGGCUGCUUUCUCUGUACUCACAUCAGAAAAUGGCAAAGAGACACUUAUAGCGAAAGACUUGCAAGUUCCCCAAAUUGAGAGAAAAAGUGCUAGCUCGAAUAAUGUGGCCGCUAUUAUAUUAGGUGGGGGUGCUGGGACUAAGCUGUUUCCGCUUACACGUAGAUCAGCCAUUCCUGCUGUUCCGAUUGGAGGAUGCUACAGGCUUAUAGAUAUUCCUAUGAGCAACUGCAUUAACAGCAGAAUAAACAAGAUUUUGGUCUUAACUCAGUUCAACUCUGCUUCUUUAAAUCGUCACCUUGCUCGUACAUAUUUUGGAAAUGGUGUCAACUUUGGGGAUGGCUUUGUUGAGGUUUUGGCCGCCACUCAAACACCAGGAGAAGCAGGCAUGAAUUGGUUUCAAGGAACUGCAGAUGCAGUACGGCAGUUUAUGUGGGUAUUUGAGGAUGCAAAGAACAAGGACAUUGAGAACAUACUGAUUUUAUCGGGAGAUCAACUUUACCGGAUGGAUUAUAUGGACCUUGUGCAGAAUCACAUGGACAGAAAUGCGGAUAUUACAAUUUCCUGUGUACCUGUGGGAGGCAGCCGGGUAUCAGAAUAUGGAUUAAUGAAGAUAAACAAUAGAGGGCAAGUUAUCGAAUUUGCUGAGAAACCUAGUGGAGCUAGACUAAAGUCAAUGCAAGUAGAUACUACUCUACUAGGAGUGUCUCCAGAAGAUGCAACAAAGUCUCAAUAUAUAGCUUCUAUGGGCGUCUAUGUCUUCAAGAAAGAUGUUUUGUUGAAUCUCCUACAGUGCAGAUAUCCCAAAUCCAAUGACUUUGGAUCUGAAAUCAUUCCAUCAGCUGUAAUGGAUCACAAUGUGCAAGCGUAUCUGUUCAGAGACUAUUGGGAGGACAUUGGAACAAUAAAAUCUUUUUAUGAUGCUAACCUGGCGCUAACAGAUGAGGUACCAAAAUUUGAAUUUUAUAAUCCAGAGACGCCGUUCUUCACUUCCCCUCGGUUCUUACCACCAACGAAGUUUGAAAAAAGCCUGAUCAAGGAUGCAAUCAUAUCACACGGGUGUUUCCUGCAAGAAUGUAGUGUUAUUCACUCAAUCGUGGGUGAGCGAUCACGUCUGGACUCUGGUGUCGAGCUGAAGGAUACGCUGAUGAUGGGGGCAGACUACUAUCAGACAGAGUCCGAGAUUGCGUCUCUGCUGGCAGAGGGGAAAGUUCCCAUUGGGAUUGGACAAAACUCGAAAAUCAGCAAAUGUAUUAUUGACAAGAAUGCGAAAAUUGGAAAGGACGUCAUUAUCAUGAAUAAAAAUGGUGUUCAAGAAGCAGACAGACCCGAGGAUGGAUUCUACAUUCGCUCAGGGAUACCUAUCAUCAUGGAGAAGGCUACAAUCAGCGAUGGCACAGUAAUAUAACAAAGUACUACCUGAAGUUUGAAACCUACAGCAUGCCAUAGUUUGAAGAUCCAUCUUUGAGACUCUCGAGGGUUACGUAUCACAGAAACCUCUUCUAAAGAAAUGCCGAGCAAGAAACCAGCUUACGCUCCUAUGAGAAACUUAAGUUGCAGAGCGGAGUAAUAAUGAGACUAUAGAAGUUCAAGACUAGAACAUAAAGGCUUAAUUUUUCUGAGUAGUCUUCCUACAUGGCUUAGAAAUAAGAAUUGUGGAUAUUGCUUGUACUGGAAAUAGAUGUUUUAUACAUGAUCCCUUUGCUGUGA